UUUCUCUGAUUUCAUAAGGAACUCGGGUAUGGAUGCAUUGGAAUCGUGACCAUAUGAUGUGAAGUCUGAUGUGAAGAAAAAUGAGAAAAUGACCCGAGGUGCGCUGAUUUCCCCGCGUUGACCCCAGGUACGAGUGCCAUUACGACCAAGAACAGCAUGAGUCUGAGAGACAACGACUUGUUCUACUCUCCGCAAACACGUUUCGGGUUCAUAGGCGAGUCCCCCGAGGCCUGUGAGGUCAAUCAUACCGACUUGCCACAGGAUGACGGCAUCGAAGCAGCACCAGUCACUAUUUCCGGAGUUCCGGCCAUUCUCAGCAAGCAAACUCAUUGGGCGCGAAGAAUUUCGUGGGCCAUCGUUCUCAUAGUUUGCUUCAGCAUCACUUUGGCGCAAUGCUAUGAGCGGAUUCUGUUUUACUUGAGUACCCCAGUGACGGUCAACGUGCAGAUUCAAAGGAACCACAGCCUCCGCUUCCCCGCUGUGACCGUGUGCAACAAAAACGUGUAUAACCUGUCCAACCUGCAAACCCUGCUAGCGAUUCGCGACAUCGACGGGGUGACCGUGGCAACUCGACUCAACGAAAGAAACGAGACACCGACGCUGGCACACGUCGUCAGUGUCGGGAACAUGACGAGCGACGCGGUUUGGACGAACACUGCCCACAACAUCCAUCUCAUGUUGAUUGAGUGUUGGUUCGGGCGUGGCAUGACAUGCAACAUGAGAGGGACGUGGAAGGCUAUUUAUACAGUGGCCGGGGUCUGCUUCACAUAUGAACUGAAAGAUGGCACCGUGUCGACAAGUGGCAUGUUUAAUAAUAUGUACAUGAAAAUGACGGAAACAACUCCGAUAAUAAAAUCCAGCGAAGUAGGCUGGAAAAUUCACCUACACGACCCAAAGGAUAUCCCUGUCCUCGACAUUCAAACGCAUGGUUUCACCGUUUUGCCUGGCUGGAGCAAAGACGUUCGUUUGCAAAUUCGCGACGUUGCAGAUUUUGACGCCUGCAUGACAGGAUCACCGGCUUUCGACUUACUUGUCCAAUCCACAAAG